GAGCGGUCUUUUAACAUGGCUGCGUACAGCGUUGAGUCGCUGUUGGCCAAAGUUGAGCAAGAUGAGGCAGAAAAGCUGAAAAGCAUCACCGUCCAGAAGGAGCUAGACCUGGAGUUUGACAUCGGGAACCUGCUGGCUUGUGACAAAAAUCGCAUCGAGUCGCGGGACUUCAAGGAGCAGAAAGAGGACUUCCUCCGCUCGUUAGCACGCGACAACGCUCAGCUCCUGGUUAAUGAAAUAUGGAAACUGCCCACAGAGAGGGUCGAGGAGGCGAUCGUGGCCAAACUCCCUGACCCGGCGACCCCGCUGCCCAGAGAGAAACCUCCACCGAAGCCCAAACCUCCGACAAAAUGGGAAGAGUUCGCCAAGCUGAAGGGCAUCCAGAAGAAGAAGAAGACCAACUUGGUUUGGGAUGAGACGGCGAAGGAUUGGAGGCGCCGCUGGGGCUACAAGAGAGCCAAAGAUGACACCAAGGAGUGGAUGAUCGAGGUGCCGGAGACCGCAGACCCCAAUGAGGACCAGUUCGCCAAACGCACCAAAGCCAAGAAUGAGAGAGUUGCCAAGAAUGAGUUCAAUCGGCUGAAGAACAUCGCCAGGGCGCAGAAGAUCCGGGUGCCAGGUGUGGGGCUCACCCCCGUGGCGCAGCAGUCCAAAGACGACCUGUCCAGAGCCGUGAGUGUGGCCCGGACCUCCACAGCCUCCGUCGGGAAGUUCCAGGACCGCCUGCCCAAAGAGAAACCUCCAAAGAACAUGGGCAAGAAGAGGAAGUUUGAGCCGCUCAUCGGUAACUUUUCCAGCGAGAAGCAGAAGCAGCUGGAGCUUCUGAAAAUCCUGGACAGCAAGAAGCCCAAGCUGGACAUCACCAAAGCUGUCAACAAGCAGAUGAGAGAGGAGGACAGGGAGGAGGCAGCGGCCAAGUACAAGAAGAUGGGAGCAGGGAAGAGAGGACGCAAAGGAAACAUGCCAGGAAAAGGCAAAGGAAAGGGUCCCAGAGGCAAAGCAGGUGGAGGUGGAGGAGGGAAAGGAGGGAAACCAGGUGGAGGUGGAGGAUGGAAAGGAGGGAAAGCAGGUGGAGGUGGAGGAGGGAAGAAGGGAGGCAGACCUGGGAAGCACUGAUGACUGGAGCUUCCUGUAUCCUGCUGCCUCUUGUUUGUGCCUUGGCUUCAAUGCACUGAACUGCGCAUACAUGAUGCAAUAUGAAAUGACUGUAAAGGCUGAGAAGCUGUGUGUCCUCUCCAAAUGCAUCUUUUAAGUGUCACAAACUGUGUAAAUACUGGCUAAAUGUCAUGUUUGAUACGUGUUAUAUUAAUGGAAAACACUUGGAUAAAGAAGUAUACUUAAGCUACAAUUAAAGUCGGAUAAUUGUU